GAUCGACGCCGCUCACACCGCUGUGCGCACUUUCCGUCCAAACCGGAGGAUCCGCGUCCGUCCGACGGACAAGAAUGAGGUCCUUGUCUGCAACCCGUCCCUGUUAAUGAUGGUUCAGCAAAGGUCCUCUGUGAUUAUGCUUCCUCCUGUGGUUAUGGUUGCACCCAAUAAGCAGUCAGGAAUGUCCUCCUUCUCCUGCCUAUGACAUGGUUUAACUCACGUAUGAUCCGGUCACUAUGAUGGCCUCCAUGGUUGCCAAUGGAAACCGAGAUGGGCAGUCUCUGGUCUUGAAAGGGGUGGAUCCAGAGACCUGCAUGAUUGUGUUCAAGAACCACUGGGCUCAGGUGGUGAAGAUCCUAGAAAAGCAUGAUCCCCUGCGCAGCAACUCCACCCUGCCCUCCCUAAGUGUCAUCAACCUCAGCGCUGGCUCUAGCGGCGGCCCUCGUUUCGGCCCCAUCCCUGGAGACGAGGCGAGCGCAGUGCAGAACUAUGUGGAACACAUGCUCUUCCUGCUAAUGGAGGAGGAGAGCGGUCAGGCCGGUGCCAUGGGCCCCAUCCUGGAGUUUGUGGUGAUGGAGAACGUGAUGGAGCGACUCUUCGUGUGGAGCCUCCGCAGGGAGUUCACAGACGACAUGAAGCUGGAGCAGCUGAAGAUGUAUGAGAUGCUGGUGGGCCAGGCGCACCAGCCUCUGCUGCAUCACAAACCCAUCCUGCGGCCGCUCAUGAUGCUGCUGUCGUCCUGUUCUGGCACCGCAGCACCACAAGUCGAAGCCGAGCUGGUGCUGCUGCUCAACCAGCUGUGCUGCGUUCUGGCAAAGGACCCUUCAAUUCUGGAGCUGUUUUUCCACACCAGUGAGGAUCAGGGAGCCACAAACUUCCUCAUCUUCUCUCUGCUCAUCCCUUUCAUCCACAGGGAGGGCACAGUGGGCCAGCAAGCCAGAGAUGCACUGCUGCUCAUUAUGUCGUUGUCCGCUGAGAAUGAGCGAGUGGCCAAACACGUGGCAGAAAAUACCUUCUUCUGUCCGGUUCUGGCCACAGGCCUGAGCGGCCUGUACUCAUCACUGCCCACCAAGCUGGAGGUUCCCAGUGAGGAGUGGCACUGCCUUCACAGAGAGGACUGGCUCCAGAUGCCGUCCCUCGUCCAGUUUCUCAACUCGUUGGAAUUCUGCAAUGCUGUUAUUCAGGUGGCCCACCCUGAUAUCAGACACCAGUUAGUUGGCUACAUCUACAACGGAUUCCUUGUGCCUGUCCUAGCACCAGCUCUCCAUAAGCUCACCCUGGAGGAGGUGAUGACCACCACCGCAUACCUCGACCUCUUCCUGAGGAGUGUAUCUGAGCCAGCCCUGCUGCAGACUUUCCUCUCCUUCAUCCUCCUCCACCAACACGACAACGUCCAAAUUUUAGAUACCCUAGUCAGCCGCAUCAACACCCCCUUCCAGUUAGGCACUGUGUCACUGGCACUUUUCCGCACUCUCAUUGGCUUAUACUGUGAAGAUGUGAUGCUGCAGCUCAUAUUGAGGUACCUGAUCCCCUGUAAUCACAUGAUGUUGAGUCAGAGACGUGUGGUGAGGGAGAGGGACUGCUACUCUGUGUCAGCAGCCAAGAUCCUGGCAUUAACGCCGUCCUGCUGCUCUCCAGAUCACAGCCCCCCGCCCCUGCGACAGCUAGACUCCAUCCUUUUUUCCAAGGGUGCAGAGACUCCCAGCAACCCCAGGGCCACAGAGGAAAACGAGGGCUUCUUAGAAGAGGAUGAUGGCUCAGGUAACUCCUGCACCAUCGGCUCAGAAAUCUACCUGGAUGUCAGUUAUCUUCAUUACCUCUACGACGCCCAUAUGAGCAUCAGCAGCUGCAUACGGGCCUGCAAGGUUUGGUCAGCCCCGUACGACGGCGAGGACCCGCCUCCUGAGAAAUACCAGCCUGGCGUCCUCGAGGAGCCGGGACUUAAGAGUCGGCAAACCCAGAUGGCCCUCAAGAGAGUUUCACAGCCGCUGGCGCCGCGCCCUCGACCCUGCCCACCGCCGAAUACAGAGCCACCUUCCAUCAACCAGCAGGAGCUGGAGUGGGAUGAUAGUUACGAUGCAUGCCCAGUGCAGACUGCUGAAGCUCCCGUGGAGAGUAAACCUCCACAGCAGCCUCCUGCUGAGCCACCAAAGCACAUCCAGGAGAUGAGGAAAACAGCCAUUAUGUUGGUAAAAGGCUCAUAUAUUGAGGAAAAUGAGUUCCAGGAUGACGUCAUGGUAUACGAUCUUGUUGCCAAGAAAGACACCAGAGAUGGUGAGCACCAACCAGGCUCAGCAGAAGUUCCCCUAGAGAACGGACUCAGUCUGACACUUCCAAACUCUCUGAUGGCUGAUAACCGCAAGAAUAGCUUGGACACAAAGGCCAAAGGUCAGACGGAUUGUAAUUCCAACCUCCCAAACACCACCACUGCUGCUGAGUUGGGUGAUGACCUUUUGGCCCAAUAUGAGGAGCUCAUUCGUACAUUGGACACUGAAGCAGGUGGAAAGAUGGUCAAAAGUGACGCAGAGUUGAAGAAGCCCGUCACACCUGCAGAUGAAGUGGAGGAGGUGGAGGAGAUGGAUUUCACCUCCUUCUCUGCUGAGACACCAGAGCCAGAGAAAGUGCAUUCACCAUUUGGGAGUAAGUUUUGCAGUGGAAACACGGGCAGGAACCACGCAGUGCCUUUUACUGGUCCAUUUAUCAGUGUGCUGUUGUCUCGUAUGGAGAACAUGCUGUCUAACUCGCUCCAUGUCAACUUGUUGUUGACGGGCAUCCUGGCCCAGUUGGCGGCUUACCCUCAGCCUCUCCUGCGCUCCUUCCUCAUCAACACCAACUUGGUCUUUCAGCCGACUGUUCGCUCCCUCUACCAGGUACUAGCCACCGUGAAGCACCAGAUAGAAGAGCUGGCUGCCACCAGAAAAGACUAUCCAGAGCUGAUCACUGCUGCCCAGCACUGGCUGUUGGCCAGGGAGACUUCGUUCAUGGCAGCAGACAAAAGCAGCAGACACCCCACCCAUGGCGAGGCCGGAAGGAUCUUGAAGAGUUCGCCGCCACCUAAACCCAAAGCCAUAUCUCUGGAUCGGACAGAAGUCUUCGCUACCGUCCUCUUCACGGAGUUCCUCAAAGAACUGGCUGCCAUCGCACAAGAGCACUCCAUCUUAUCGUACAUUCCUAUGGAAGAGUGAUCGUGUCCCAAUAGGCCUCUGUGAAGAGUCCAACUUAACUCUGAAAGAUUUUAAAAAGACUCGAUGGCUUUCUUUUUUUGUCGUUUUUCAGGCACUACUUGAUGAAGAAACCUCUUAGAUCAAGUGAUUUAUACUAAACUAUUUUUAAAAAGAUCAUAGCAUAUUUAUUUUCCAAGCAAAGAUAAUCAAUUUCAUGUGCUUUUCAACUUCAACUUUGUAGUUCUUCAAAGGGUUUUGGCAGCCAAGGAGGUCCAAACUUCGAGCUGGAAACAAUCUUGACCUGUCCGCUCACAAGAACGAGCUCCAGGUCCACCAACCAAAGACUGUAAAGAGACGAUUUAAACAAAAACAAUCAUCGGCCCUCAUCUGAACUUCAGGGUUCUGCCCUCUUUUCUGAAUGUCUUCUACAACCAGCUCCAACCACAGCAGAAUGUCUGUUAAUGGUUAUGUUUAAUACUCAGGUGGCCUUUCUGGAGAGUUGUUGCCUCUUUUGCCAUUGGAUUACACACCAUAACUUAGCACCAACGCCGUUUUCAGAGCGCGAUUGUUUGAGUGAUUGAAAAAUGUCUUAAGAAGAUACUGGCAGCAGGGCUGGCAUCAUCACACAGCUUUUACAUGACUAUUUUUGGGGCAAAAACAGGUUGGUCACUUUCGUCUUUAAACUCUACAAAGUGGUUUUUUUUUUUCUCCACAAAAUCUUUUUGUCUUAGAUGUACGUUUGUUUUGGUGUGUUUCUGUUCAUUCAUGACGGUACCUCAGGAGAUUUUUUAAUGCAUGUUCUUUUCUCUCAGUUCUUUGGGUGAAGCAGUUUUCUUACAAUGCACUAGUUUCUCACAUUAAUGGGCUCCACAUGUUCUCCAGAUCAGAGCACUAAAACCUGAAUUAUUCUUCCUAUAUUUAAUUUUGCCUUACUUUAGUGAUGCUUUAUAAUGUACAUAUUGUAAGAAAAUGUUCUAAUGACACAGAACACUAUGCAAAUCAAUGAUAUUUUGGGUAUAAUUAAGUUUUGGAUAUUUUCAAAAUGGGAAGGGGUAUUUAAGCUUUUAUGUGAGUUUCUAUUGCUAUAUAUAUAUAUAUUUUCAAUGAGGUUAUAAUAGUUGCUAGUUGUUGUGGUUUGUCACCAUCUUCUAUUUAGGGAUUGUGUAGGGUGUUUAGUUGUGAUACGUCUCACUGUUGGGAGAGUCAUAGUUUGCAUCUGUUGAAAAACCAUCUCAGAUUGAAACUGUUACAGAGGGCAAACUGCUGGAGUUGCCUUUAUUUUAGUCCAGGUAUUGCACACGGUUGUUAGUAUGGUUUUUAAAAUGAAAUAAUACAAGAAUACAAGUAUUUUGUUACAAAGCAUGCCUCAACUGUCUAAAUGAAUUUACCAGGACAGAACUACUUUUAAAUUAGUGCCUAAAUUAUGAUUUCAGUUCACAUUCUUGCCUGACUUUGAAUGGAUUUACAUAGGAGUAAUACAAAUGUAUUUAUUUUUGUAUUUUUUGGUUUAAUUUUUGAGUUGGAGCUGUACAUUGUCAGAGUGUAAAAGGAAAGACCAUAGAGACUGAAGAUGUGCAACACGUAUUGUUUGGUCACCUUAUUUCUUUUUUUAUUUAACUAUAAUAAUGUAUUUGUUUCUCGAUAAAACUAAUUCUCUAGCAGUAAAUAAAUCACCUCCAUUCACACCUUUUAAGAAAGAUGCAGUUAAAGUGAUGUGGAUAUUUACACAAGCUUUAUUAGAUCUUGGAUUUUUUUUAAAGAUUUAGACUGAGAUAAUGGACUGCUCCAACUAGAUCUAACAAAAAGUAAACGUAAUAUUGUAUAAAUUAUUAGGAGAAGGAAAAUGGCAACUAUACAUCUGAUAUUCUUGUAAAACUGCACCAGGCUGAUCAGUGUUUUCAUCUCAGAAAUCCAGCUAAUAAGACAAAUUUAACUUAGUCUAGAUUGUGUGCAUUUGUUCCUAUUUAAAUCCAUUCAGUUUCUACUUGAUGCUAUGCAGGCAAUAAAUAAUGCUGUUGGAUCUAUUUGUACUUUUUACAAAAACAUGGCUUAGAAAUGUAUAUUUGUAUCAAUCAAAGCCACUUUCACAAUUGUUAAAUAAGUCUUUUUUUCUCUGGUAAAUUGUUUCAGAGCACUUUAUCAGCCUUUUCAUAUUGCAGUGCCUCUGCGCUGCUGACACAGACUCAACCUGCACAGAUGCAGUCUGUACAGAUAUAGCACAGUAUAACAAUCAGUGUAUUAGCACCAACGUGGCAUUAGACGGGUAUUAUAACCAAAACCACAGACCAGUUUCUGUCUCAGUAGGUUCUUAUUCCAAAGAUUCCUCCUUUCUGACACCAUUUGGCCUUGGUUUUCUAUCCAAGAUGUGAUCAGGUUUCUGUUCGUUGCGGAUGUCUGAGACACAAAGGCAUGCCUCUUUUAAUAAAGACAACUUCUGGUAAAUUAA